AUGUCCGAACGAAACGAUAACACCGGUGCCUCUGGAGCCGACAACAGCACCACAACCAAAACAGCAGACGAACUCCGUAAGGGCGAUUAUGUGAUAUUCGAAGGUCGUCCGUACCAGAUUGUGAGGCAUUUAUUUACUAAUUGCACACGUCCCAAAGUGGAAAUCGUUAUGAUCGACAUCUUCACCAGAGAGCAGUGCAAAAGGGAACUAGAGACAUUGGCGCUGGUGCAGAUCCUGGCAGUACGCCAGGACGAUUAUCAAGUGAUCAAUCUCGACGACGGACUUCUUACACUCCCGGCGCGCGAGGGAGACGGGAAGAACGAUGUGAAGUUGCCAGAAGGAGACUUGGGUACUGAAAUCCAGGAGGCCUUUGAGAAGGGCAAGAACGUUGUUGUCACAAUCAUCUCUGCGAUGGGCGAGGAGGGAGUGGCGAAGUACAAGACAGUCGCCAAGAAGUACAAGACAGUUGCCAAAACUUAG